AAAUUAAUAACCGACAAGUAAAUUUUUUAAGAUGGCGCCAAAAUAAAGAUGGCGAUUAAAACAAAAGAAACUUCCGCGUUGCAUUAGUAAUCAAAACGUGAAAUUUAUUUUACAGUAAUGACGUAUGUAGUUGAUGUACGUGAAUUAUUUUAAAUAUAAAAUAAUAAAGUAAAAGUGCGCGAUAAAAAGUAUAUAAUAAUAAUUAAUUUAUAAAUUUUAAACGAGUGACAUUCAGAUGUCAGUUGAUGCUGGGUUGGGUUCUGUCUAAUUGUUGGGUUUUUAAAUACCGUUUUUGAUCUAUUAAUAUUUAUUUAAAUUUAAAAAAUAUAAAACAACAAUAAACUCUUGUGUUUAUUGUGUUUAUUGUCAUUGUCGUCGUUACUUUAUUAUUUUAUUGUUUAAAGAGCUGAGACGUCAAGAGACAAAAGUUUGAACAAAGUUUGCGUAAGAUGUGUAAAAGGACGUCUCGGUCUCGUGUUUUUAUUUCCCGGACGUUUUUUGCUUAUGAACGAUCAAUUUUACGUGGAUAUUAUAUUUUUUUGUCUAUACCUUUAUACUUUUCAUUCAUUCUUUCAUUCAUUCGUUUAUUGAUUCGCGAUUUAAUUAUUCCCGCGGUAUUUAAAAAUAAAUGUUAUUGUUUAAAAAAACAAUUGUUUAAAUUGAUUAAAUAAAAAUGCGACGUUUGAAUUUAUGGCAGCGGUCAGUUGACUAAUGGUCUCGAGGUCAAGAAGAUGAUAAUGAUAAUGAUGAUGAUGAUGAUGACACUUUGAGAAUUAUUAUAUUUACCUGUGUGAUCUAUAUAUUUGUUGCUGGAUAAAUUUUCAAAACUAUUGGACUACUGAUGCUCAUCACGGCAUCUACAGCAGCUCCUUUAGCGAGCGUUCACGUUAAAUUUAUUUCACCUCCUCAUAUUUACGAGCAUCAACUUACUACUGAUGGACAGAAUACGAUUACACAGAAAUCAUUUCUCUCAAUAGGACGACGUUCUGCCGAUUUUGGUAACAAAAUAUCAUCAGGAUUUUUAAAAUCACCUCGUGCUUUGACGGCUUCGUCAUUCGGAGCGAGAAAUCCUGAAGCUUUGUGGCCAAACGGAGUUUUUGUUGCACCUGUUGAUGUCAAUGAUUUAGGAUUUAGUUCUCAGGAGUCGUCGCAUCUGACACCUGACUUUACAAAUGGUCUAGCAUAUCCAGAUCCAUUAUUACUGACUGACGAAGCUGCAGUGUCAGCAAUAAGACGUCUUUAUGGUCGGACUGGAUUAUUUUUCCAUGAAAUACCACAUCUGAGAUCAUUAUUGAGACUACAGCAGGAAAGACGAUUAAAUGGCCUUGAUGAUAACGUACUGGGUAGCCUCAGGCCUGGAUCACCUUUCUACAAUAGUAGAGUUUAAGAAAGUACUGAUGAUCUAGCUAGACCGAUUGAAUUAUUCAUAAAGUACUAAACUCAUAACUUAUAAUAAAUAAAUAAUUUUUAUAGCAUACUAACUUAGUCAAUUGUUUACUUGAAUGUUUUAUUUUGCGCAAUAUAUAGGCGGUGUUACAAUUCUACUCACAACAUCUCUACUCAAGGGAAGUAACUACAACUCUACUCUCUAAACAUGAAUUAGUGAAAUAAGUGAAUAUUCACUAAUUCAAAGUGCCAAUCAUACCGCUUUGUGGAAUUAGUGGUACGAUUUUCACUCUGAAUUAGUGAAUAUUCUCUUAUUUCACUAAUUCAUGUUUAGAGAGUACUCAUUCACAAUUUUACUCAGCCUCAACUCUACCCACUCACAGUUUUACUCAGCCUUAACUCUACUCACAGUUUUUUUUUACUCAGGUUUAAAUCUACUCAGUUAUAUCUUUAUUCAGCUUCAACUAGACUCAGCGACAACUUUACUCACAAAGAAUUGCUAUUUUACCGAUAGGCUAAAAUACGUGAGUAGAGUUGAAGCUGAGUAAAGAUACAACUGAGUAGAGUUAAACCUGAGUAAAAAAAACUAUGAGUAGAGUUGAGUCUGAGUAAAAUUAUGAGUGAGUAGAACUUUAACUACUUCCCUUAAGGCGUAACGGUAACCGAUUUUCAAUUCAAUUUAAUUUACGGACAAAUACUAGAAACCUAAAAUAUAAGGUCUUUAGCGUUUUUUAAAACCUUAACAGAGGGCUAGAAAUUUCGUAUUUUCAAAAAUUCUAAUUCGUCUUUGAGAAAAAUUGUUUUAAAAUUCUCAUUUACUCAACGAGUGCAACAAAGACAGUCCCAUUUAUUUUUCUGAGUGUGAGAAAGAGGUCCGGUAGCGUAUCCCUUUAAGUAGAAAAGUUGUGAGUAGAAUUGUAAUACUGCUCAAUACAUAUUUUCAAAGUCGUAGCAGUAACACUAAAAUUAUCAUUGCACGACUCAUGAUGCGAAGCAUCACAGUGUGCUUUACGAUCAAAAAAUUUUUUUCGCCUCACUUCGGCAACUAUUUAAAAUUUAUUUGUACUUAUAUUUGGGUUUUAUAUUUACAUUUACACGUACAAUUAGUUAAUUGUCAUUAAUAGUCUUUGUAAAGUAUUCAAUUACUUUAAGGCAAUCCAUCACCGCGACACUUGUAAUAUAAUCAGAGCAAUUAUACAAAUAAUAUUAGGAGUUACUGUUGUGCUGCUGUUACAUAAAUCACCGCGACAAAAACACAUAUAGACAUUUUUAUAAUUCUUCAUUGUAUAAGCACAUCGUUCUUCACCGUCGUCUGGACCUCUUUGUAAACACAUUCUUUGUGUCGCUGUACCAUACUCUGAAAAAAAAAAUUUUUUUACUAUCAAAUAAUUAUUAAUUUUUUUAUUUUUUUAAUUAAUAAUUACAUUCCAUUACUAACUGCUGUAGGAUACAUAAAUUUCCGUAGCUAAAUUAUUUUUUUUUUAAGCUUCAAUUAAUGAUUUAAUUAUCACGCAGCAAUAAAAAAAUAAAAUAAUUAAUCAUUGAUAAAAAAUGAAUUAAAAUUAAUUGAUAAAGUAAUUAAUCAUUUAUAAUAUCUGAUAAAAAGUUAAUGUCUUGAUUAAUUUUUAAUGUAAUGGAAAUUUUUAUUUUGUUGUUUACUUCAAAUUUUUUAAUGUUUUUUGUUCAUCCGGUGUACAAAUAAAGUAACGAUUAAUAAUUUAAGUGACAGAACGAAAACAAAAUUAAAUAUUCACAGCUACCACGUGAUAUUUUGUCAGUUUAAGGUGACCUUUGAAGAUGACUCACUUUUAUUUUUUGAAAAAAAAUUAGUGUAUAAUUUUUAUUAAAAAUUUAUGUAAAUUUAAUUCCGUUUCGAAAUUAAUUUUCACGAGGGCGUAAAAUAAAAAUAAAAAUUAAAACAGAAAAAUUUCAUUAAUUUUUUAAAAAAUUGUAAAACUGUUACGCAGUAAAAAAAAAGUUACUAUACAGCAAAUUAAAAUAUUAGUCGUUAAAAAUGUAAAUAAAAAUAUAUUAAACCGUUGAAAUUAUUAAUAAUAUCGCGUGCCGAAUGCCAAAAGGGCGUAUAAUUUUUUUUUUUGGUGCCAAUCGUUUUGUAAACAUGUUCUAAGUCUCAAAAUAAAAAAAAAAUUUCCAAAGCCAAAAGGGCGUAUAUCUUCAGAUACGCCCUUUUGGCGUUAGUACGUCAAAAUUUUUUUUUCUGCAGAUCUUUACGUUUCGAGCGAUUCUAAAAAGAAUGGCAAAAAAAAAAUUUUUUAUACGCCCUUUUGGCAUGGAACCCUGUCUAACUGCUGUAAUACGCCCUUUUGGCAUUUGGCACGCGAUAUAAUAAAUAUUAAAUAAUAAUAAUAAAAGUACCAUUAUUCAAGUUCGGUGACUCAAUAAUUUUACCGCACCAUCCAGAAGCACAAGGAAUGGCUUCAACUCCAUGCUCUUUUUCAAUCAACGUAAUAUUUGUCGUGAAAGGAUCUUUGCAUGAUCCCAGCUCUCCUCUCGACCUGCAGUUGACACAUCUCCGUAACAAACCUAAAAGGUCAUGCAUCUAGUUUCAAAUUAUCUCAUAUUUUUAAAAAUAUAUGCCUGUCAUCAAAUUUUCUUUUCAAUACACGAGAAAAAAUAGACCAGACAAUCGCAAAAAAAAAAACUAUCCUAAUUAAUUUAAAAAGUAACGAACAAAUGAGAACAAGUUGUCAUUGAACUCAUCGGAUGAGUGAAAGUAAAUAUAUAUGUAUUGGAAUUCCAAACUCACCGUCAACAUUUUUAAAUCCCAGAAUACUCAGCGCAACUGUAAAACAAACUAUCCACUUCAUUGUCUAUUUAAUUAAAGUAAAGUAACUUAAUUAUAAUUACAAUUAUAAAUAUAAAUAUUUUUAAAAAAAUUAUUUAAAAAUUCGAAGAAAUUUGUUGUAAAUUUAUUGACAAAAAAGAUAAAAUUUAAAUAGAAUCUGAGUGUUUUUAGUACACAGCCAUGUUGGAACACAGACUCAGACUGAAACUUCUUCAGAACCGGACACAAGUUUGAGGCCUUUCACUUUGUUAUAUACAUCUUGAGUCCAUGUAAGCACCGUGUGCAUGUAGACCAAUACUAAUAUAUAAAUUAACAGUUAAAUCGAGAUCUGAGGACUCAUAUUGUCUAUUAUAACUGCCGCGUUAAAAGUAAAUAAAUAAAUAUUUAAUUUGUUAAUUAGUUGAUUAACAAUAAAAUUUUUUUGAUAUAAAAUCGAACGGAGUUUAAAUUAAAUUUAUCCAAUAGCUUCGGCCAUCCACAAAAGUUCCCGGUCCUCGUCAUAGUUUUCUUUCUUAGCGCGAUCUUCCAAAUACAUUUCAUAAGUAUACUUUAGAUAUUUAUGGCGGUUUUUACAUAUAAGGAAUACUCUUGCGCAGUAAACGAAGAAUGCCAUCAAUAAAGCGUAGCCGAUAUACUUCAUAUGUCUCAGGACAGCUGGAAAAAUUGGUUAUUUUUUUAGUAAUCCGGGAGUAAUUUUUAUGUAAUUAGUAAUUAGUUAUGAGGUAGAACUUAAGUGAUGGAGGAAACGAAAUUUGAAUUUAAAAAGUAUGCAAUAGUGCGCAUGUGUGUAAAUUGCGGGGAUAUUGAUGUUUGGGAUUGCUAAUAGAUGGCGAUUGAUUGGUAGUUGGGAGAUUACUUCGCGCAGGUGCUUGUUAUGAUAGUUGUUUAGUAUAUAUAAAAGUUUUGUAGGAGGAGUUUAUGUACUUGCUUCGGCAGUACAUAUACUAAAAUUGGAACGAUACAGAGAAGAUUAGCAUGGCCCCUGCGCAAGGAUGACACGCAAAAUCGUGAAGCGUUCCACAUUUUU